GGUAAUUAAACUUUGUUUGUAUGUGCCUUUUGCGAGGCCCGGUAUUUUCGGCCACUUUAUUCUCUGCGUCGUUCGCAAUGGCGCUGAAGCGCAUCAACAAGGAGUUGCAAGAUCUUGGUCAAGAUCCACCGGCGCAGUGCUCUGCGGGGCCAAUCGCGGAUGAUCUAUUUGUCUGGCAGGCCACUAUUGCGGGACCAGCGGAGAGUGCGUAUGAGGGUGGUGUUUUCUUUCUGAAAAUCGUGUUUCCUACAGAUUAUCCUUUUAAGCCCCCGAAGGUGAGCUUUGACACAAAAAUUUACCAUCCGAAUAUAAAUAUGAAUGGGAGCAUAUGUCUAGAUAUCCUGCGAGGCCAGUGGUCUCCAGCCCUGACAAUCUCGAAAGUUCUGCUUUCUAUUUGCUCACUUCUGACGGAUCCGAACCCUGAAGAUCCACUAUGCCCGGAUAUUGCGCGUCAAUACAAAACUAAUCGUAGUGAGUACGAGGAAACUGCGCGAGAGUGGACCCGGAAAUAUGCCAUGUGAUCGCAUCACCCCAGUGAAAGACCAAUGCAAAGCCGCAUUUCUGCUCCACUUGUACUCAUCGACACCGCGUUACUUUCGAUAUUGGUCAGCGUGUUACAUUCACGAGUAAAUUGAUCUUCUGAUACCAAACCCUGCGAUACAGAGUUUAUACCCCGGGAUUUGUUCGAAUGAAAUGUAUCUAAGUCCUUUCUAGGUUGAUUGUCUUGCAUGCUUUACCCACCACUUCGUUUGCAGAGUAACCCUCUGCUUAUUGCCUUUGUAAAAUAACUUCUGUUGUUAAAUUUGCUGAAAUUGUUCGUUCGCGGAUGGCGUGGUUCGAUUUUUUGCCUUCAAAGCGUUAGGCUUUGAACAUAGCAAUAUUUUUGCGCGCUAUUGGCCUUUAACUACCGGUCUUCACAAGCACAUAAUACUUCGUAAAACCUGUGCGGGACUUCUUCCAUUUGCUCCAUGAUUCCCUUCGUCGUUAAAGGCGAUGAGCGCCAUAGUGCCUGCAUGGUAUUUAACUGCCAAAAAUUCU